UUGACAUUUCAAAUUUCAAUGAAAAUAAAAACACAAAUUUUAGAAGGAAUUUUACUAUUUUAAUAAAAUCCUAAUUUUUUACUUAAAAUGUCUGAAUAUGAAGGUGUUCGCAUAGGAAAACUCGUCCUUAAAGGAGAAAAGACCAAACAAACCAAAAAGCGAAAAAAGAAGGACAAAGAACACAAGCAAGAAAAACAACGCAAAAUUGAAGUCGAUGAAGAUGCCCUGAAAAACGGUGGAUGGUGGAAAGCAAAGGCUCUUGCAGACAUCACUGGAACUGUAGGAAUUCAGUUUGGUGAACGAGCAUACGUUCGUGCCAUGGACAAUGGUUUGUUCACUCUAGGAGCUCCGCACAACGAUGGCGAAGGACCAGAUCCUGAGGAGAUUUUCACAGCUUUUCCAAUCAAUGACACAAAAGUAGCCUUUAAGUCGGGUUAUGGGAAGUAUUUGAAAAUCGAAAAGGAUGGUGUUGUGACGGGAAGAUCAGAUGCAGUCGGUAGUAUGGAACAAUGGGAACCUAUUUUUGAGGACGGCAAAAUGGCUCUAUUAAGUGAAACGGGACACUUCAUGUCCAUCGAUCCAGAAGACGACGCUUGUGUGGCUUUGAGAAAGAAAGUCGGAGAAAUGGAAGUCACUGUAAUUCGUUGCAAUGCCCCAAAACAAUUAGUUGUCGACGAAGGUCCAAAGGAGGAAAAAGGAGAUUUGAACGAAGUCGAAAAGAAUUAUGUGAAAAAAUUCCAGAAAUUCCAAGAUAAAAAGUUGAGAAUAAACAAAACCGAUAUCAAAGAGUUGGAAAGCGCUAAAGAAUCUGGUACCCUGCACGAAGCACUUCUCGAUCGAAGGAGUAAAAUGAAAGCUGACAGAUAUUGUAAAUAAAAAGAAAUCAAUUAAAGUUUUUAUAUUUGAAUAAAAUAAAAAUAAGUCCGAAAGUAAAAUUAAA